AUGGCUAGUUCAGUUACUGACGAUGUCUCACAGUUCUGGCAGUUGGAAACCACUGGCAUUAACCAUUGGCCUUUCCAAAAAGCAGUGGAAGAUGAAGUAAUGGAGCAGUUCGAGAAAACAAUAAGCAGAGAUAAUUUUGGGCGCAUUGGGCGACUAGUUCUGCGGGCUGCAAUCGAAAAGGAUACCGUGGAAGUUGUGGCGGUUAACGAUCCAUUUAUUAACAUUGAUUACAUGGUAUAUAUGUUCAAAUAUGAUUCGACGCACGGACGUUACAAGGGAAAUGUGACCGUUGGUGGGGGAAAAUUGGUCGUUUCAUUGCCGGGGAAAGGUGACCAUACAAUCACCGUACACAACAGGUGA